GUCCGCAGCACUCCACACGGCCCGAGGCCAGCGGCGGGCACCAGCGCGGGGCACGCAGCGGGGGCACGGCCGCGGCCCCUGACCCGCGGGAGCAUGGCGGCGGACGGCGAGAAGCGGCAUCUGCUGAGCCAGGGAGCCACAGGGUCCUACCUGGGCGCCGUGCAGAAGAAUGGGCACAACUCAUUGCAGGGCCAGGUGCCCGCCCUGGCGCUGAGCCCGCAGCACGGCGGGCACUGCCACACACGGGGGGCCAGCAGCCAGCCGGGCCAGCAGCAGCGGGUACGCAGGAAGCUCUACCUGGCCGCUGGCAUCUGCCUCGUCUUCAUGGUGGGAGAAGUUGUGGGCGGGUACCUGGCUCACAGCUUGGCCAUCCUGACGGAUGCAGCCCACCUCCUGACGGACUUUGCCAGCAUCAUGAUCAGCCUCUUUGCACUCUGGGUGUCCUCACGGCCCCCCACCAAAACCAUGAACUUUGGCUGGCACCGGGCAGAGAUCCUGGGAGCCCUGCUGUCUGUGGCCUCCAUUUGGGUGGUGACAAGUGUCCUGGUCUACUUGGCUGCCCAGCGCCUGAUCUCGGGUGACUACGACCUCGAUGGCAGCGUCAUGAUCAUCACCUCUGCCUGUGCCGUGGCUGCCAACAUCGUGAUGGGGUUGGCUCUGCACCAGACGGGGCAUGGGCACAGCCACAGGGCAGGUGGUGAAGAGCCCAAUGCCAGUGUCCGUGCAGCCUUUGUCCACGUCGUGGGGGACCUGCUGCAGAGUGUCGGUGUCCUGAUUGCAUCCUACAUCAUCUACUUUAAGGUCUGGGUGGUCACAGGCGCAAAGGAGGUGGGGUGUGGGCACAGAGACUUCAGCCAGCCCUGGCCAGGCACAAGGCCCGAGUACAAGUACAUGGAUCCCAUCUGCACCUUCCUCUUCUCGGUGCUGGUGCUGGGCACGACGCUGACCAUCUUCCGUGACAUCGUCCUUGUCCUCAUGGAGGGCACCCCAAAAGGGAUGGACUUCAAUGCCGUGCAGGAGGCGCUGCUGGCAGUGGCAGGGGUAGAGGCCGUGCACAGCCUCCACAUCUGGGCACUGACGGCGGCACAGCCUCUGCUCUCCGUGCACAUCGCCAUCAAUGCAGAUGCCAAUGCACAGGAGGUGCUGGAGGAGGCCAGCUCCCGGCUGCAGGGCACCUUCCACUUCCACACCACCACCAUCCAGGUGGAGAGUUUCUCAGAGGAGAUGCGGGACUGCCACGAGUGCCAGCCCCCCCGCGACUGAGCCGCUCCUGCGUGGCCCCAGGAGGCUCUUCUCAUACGUGGGAAAUAAAGUGGAGCAAAGGGC